UCCCUCCCCCGGGGCGGGGGCGGGGGCGGCGGCGGCUGCUGACAGUACAACGAGAGCCCUCGCGCCUGGCUCGGCCCGGCUCCCGGGGGGUCAGCGCCAGCCCCGGCAGCGAGGGAAGAGGCGGGGCUGGGCACUGGGCGACUCCCGAGCACGAGACCUCGCCCCGCCCCGCCCCGCGGCAGGAAGCCCCGCCCAUCCGCCCCCGCUCCGUGGUGUGUAACCCGGAAGCGCUCGUGCGCCUGGCCCAGGCCCAGGCCCCGGCCCCGGCCCCGGCUCGGGAUGGCGGAAUAUGAGAGUGUCCAGCGCGCGCCGCUGCGGCUGAAGGGGAGCGGCGCGGCCCCGGCGCUUGGGAAGCGGAAGAAGAAGAAGGCGGCGGCUAAGGACAAAAGCAAAAUCGUGGAGCAGAUCGUGAGCAGUAAGAAGCAGGAGGAGGAGGAGAAGAAGCGGGCUCUGGACAAGCGAACCCCUGCACAGCUGGCCUAUGAGAAGACGCAAGAGAAAAGGCAAAUGGAAAGAAUACUGAAGAAAGCCUCCAAAACUCAUAAACAAAGAGUUGAGGAUUUCAACAGACACUUGGAUGCUCUGACUGAACAUUAUGACAUUCCCAAAGUUAGCUGGACUAAGUGAAUGUCUUCUCUUCCACAGUUUUGGAUUCAAAGGAAAUGACUGGCAAAUCUCUGCUCUCUAAGUUGGAUAUUUUAUUAAUGUUAUAUAAACAUGUGCAUUCUGGCACUUUCAUUGUUCAUUUAAAACUAUGUUCACAGCACAGCCAUCUUCCUGAACUACUAGUAAAGGCCCUGAGCCUCCACUCAGGUGCAAGGAUAUGGAUUCUUUGCAGAGCUCUCUGCAGGAUCAGGGCUAAAGGUAGUUCAUGCUUAUUGGAGAAAUUUAUCUAGUGUAUUCUGAUAUUAGCUGGUAGAUACCUCUUCUCUUUUUUCCUUUGAAAGGAGAACUUUGACAGUGUCCUACAUAUUAAACUUCAUUUAUGAAUUCAAGGGAUUGUCGUUUGUCUACAUGUAGAAUUAUUCUUAAAUAUUUCCUUGUUGCAUCCUAAAACCCUUCUUAAACUGCUUGUAAUUCUUCAAAAUAACUACAGACCUAGAACUACAAAUGAGAAAUGCUUAUUUACAACCUUUUUUCUGUGACUGGAUUACAUAUGCAAGGAGGAAUGGUACAGUGGCAGUUAUCAGCCUCACCCUGCUGAACUGAUUUAUAUUUACAGUUCUUUAGCCCCUCAUUCUGUUUU